CGGGGCACGCACAGAGCCGUCACCCCCCGCGGCCGCGCGAUGGUACAGCCCGGCCUGGUAAAGAGGCCGGGCGCCGCUGGCCACCAAGGAAGAGGUAUGGGGCUACGCGCUGGUGGAGCGCUCCGGAGGGCGGGUACGGGGCCUGGAGCGCCCGAGGGACAGGGACCCGGUGGCACCCAAGGCGGCAGCAUCCACUCGGGCUGCAUCGCCACGGUGCACAACGUGCCAAUCGCCGUGCUCAUCCGGCCGUUGCCGUCCGUGCUGGACCCGGCCAAAGUGCAGAGCCUGGUGGACACGAUCCUGGCGGACCCUGACAGUGUGCCCCCCAUCGACGUCCUCUGGAUCAAAGGGGCCCAGGGUGGUGACUACUACUAUUCCUUUGGGGGCUGCCACCGCUACGCAGCCUACCAGCAGCUGCAGAGAGAGACCAUUCCUGCCAAGCUUGUGAGGUCCACCCUUUCAGACCUGAGGAUGUACCUAGGAGCAUCCACACCAGACUUGCAGUAGCAACCUCCUGAUAGCCCCCCCGCCCCCCUUCACAUCAGCACCACGACCCGGCGCUCAGAAGACACAUGCAGCCCCCAGCGGGCAGAAGCUGUAGAUGGGAUAUGUUCUCUUCAUUCUUCAGGGAGGUCUGCCUCUUGGUGCCUCUGCACUAACUCUCCGGGACUAGCUCCCAGGAAUGAGGGGGUUCAGUUCUUCUGUCUAUGGAAAGAUAUCAUGGCCUUGACCCUGAAGGAGUACCAAGAGGAGGAAGGGAGAAAGGAGAUGGACUUGGAGACUCUCAUUUCGCUCUUUAUGAUAUCACUACAUGAACUAUGUACUAGGAAGUAAAAGAACACCUAGGUCACCGUGGCUUAAGUGAGAGAUGCUUGUUAUCCUUGUAGCCUGCAUCCUGGAACAGGCGACUAACACAGCGUUGUCCCAACAGCUCAGAAAAGUCCUGUGGCCUUGUCCUCCUUGCUCCUUACUUCGAAGUCACUGUUGCUGUGUUUCUAGGAGUUGUGUCUGUGCUCAAGGAAGAAACCCACUGGACCAACUUCUGUCAGAAAGGAGAACCUUGAUCAGAGUUUCAGGACCCUGUUCUUUGCGUAUCUGCACAAAGCCACCUUGGUCUGAGCUAGCCACCAUCGCCACCCACAGCUGCAAAGAAAGCAGACAUUAGGAAACGCUGU